AUGGAAAGACAUGCGGUUGUGUCAUCUGAUGGCUGGGGUCUCAAACUCGCGGACCGCGGGGCCCAAACCCACUCCGGGACCCAAGUGGCCCCUGCGCGUGGCCGACGUCGCCGCUUCUCAGCGGGCGGCUGGGCCUCGAGGUGGCCGCCGUCCCCGCCGCGAGCGAGCAUCCUCGGGGGCCGCGUCUGGGUCGCGACCCGUCGCCACGGCCGUCCGGAGUCCACCGGCCUGGGAAGUCCGUCCGAAGGCGGCCCGCGCACGACGGCCGGCGGAGCUUGGGGUCCGGCUUUCCGGGUGCGUUCGGGGUGCGGUUCUUGGAAGCGGGGCGCGGAAGACCCGUGUCCGGGAGGCGCGUGGGGUCUCCCCUCGGGGCGGCCUUGGGCCGCACCAGGACGGGGAGAGGGAGGCGCUCUGGAGCCCUUGAGCAGGGGACGCUGCCGCCGAGGCCGUCCGUCGGGGCAGAGUCUCCGGGGUCGGGUCCGCCCAGCGCGGCCGUGGGACGUGGAGCCCCGGCCCUGCCCGUCCUCCGGCGCGGGGCCCGCUUCUCUUCGCUCGCCUCCAGGUCCGCGGGACGCGACGCAGCCCGCCAGCCUCGCCUCGGGGCCAGGUGGGGUUCGGGGCCGGUCCCUGGGGCGCGCUGGCGCGGACUCUCGGCCGUCCGCUCCCCGGGCGCGCUGCCCUGCCCUGCCCUGCCCGUCCGUCCGGGCUGCGGCCUCGCUCUGCCGGGCUCCCCGACGGGCCCGCCUCUUCCCCGGGCGGGGUGCGGUGGGCGGCCGCCGGCCCCAUAUAAGGGCGGGGGUUCGCGGCGAGCCCGAGCGGGCGGACGCGCGCUGCCGGCGUCUCUGCCCUCGGCCCCUGCCCGCCGCGAUGGGCUCCGCGCGCCGCCCCGGCCCCCGCCCCCGCCUGAGCCGCCCGGCCGGCCUGCUGCUGGCGGGGCUGGCGGCCACGCUCCUGGCGCUGGCCCUGCUCGCCGCCCUGCGUGCCCCCGACCCCGGGGGGACCCCGGCCCGCGCCCCGCCCGGCCGCCCGCGCCCCGGGGCCUCGCCGCGCCUGCCGCCCGGCCUCGCGCCGCUGCACUACGACCUGCAGCUGUGGCCGCGCCUGCGGCCCGGGGCCCCGUCGCCGCGCUUCUCGGGCCGCGUGGCCGUCACGCUGCGCUGCGCCCGGCCCGCGGCGCGCCUGCUGCUGCACAGCCGCGGCCUGGCGUGCGGCGCGGCCGAGGUGCGGGGCCCGCUGGCGCGGGGCGCGGCCGGGGCGCAGGGGCCCGCGGUGCCGGUGCGCGCGGCGCGCCAGGCGCCCGGCGCGCCCUACCUGGUGCUGGAGCUGGGCCGCGCGCUGCGCCCCGGCCGCCUCUACCGCGUGCGCCUGGGCUUCGGGGGCGCCGCCAGCCUCCGCGCCCGCGAGGGGCUCUUCCUCGACCGCUACGCCGACCGGGGCGAGCCCAGGACACUACUGGCAUCUCAGAUGGAACCAACAUUUGCCAGAAAUGUUUUUCCUUGCUUUGAUGAGCCAGCUCUGAAGGCCACUUUUAAUAUUACAAUAAUUCACCAUCCACAUUAUACCUCCCUUUCCAACAUGCCCAAACUAAAUCAGUUUGAAAAAGAUGUGAAUGGCAGCAAGUGGACUGUUACGACAUUUGACACCACGCCUCCCAUGCCAACAUACUUAGUUGCCUUUGCCUUAUGUGACUUUGACUAUAUCAACAGAACAGAAAGGGGCAAGGAGAUCCGCAUCUGGGCCCGGAAAGAUGCCAUUGCCCAAGGAAAUGCAGAUUUUGCUCUGAACAUCACGGGUUCUGUUUUUUCUUUCCUGGAAGAUUUAUUUAAUAUUAGUUACAUUCUUCCCAAGACAGAUAUAAUUGCUUUACCCGAUUUUGACAAUCAGGCAAUGGAAAAUUGGGGAUUAAUGGUAUUUGAUGAAUCAGCAUUGUUGCUACUACCAAGUGAUCAACUGACAACAAAAAAGACUGUGGUCUCCUACAUUACCUCUCACGAGAUUGCACAUCAGUGGUUUGGAAACUUGGUUACUAUGAAGUGGUGGAAUAAUAUCUGGCUCAACGAGGGCUUUGCAACUUACUUUGAAUUUGCAAUAAUUAGCUACUUAAAUCCUAAACUUACAGAAAGCGAGGUAUUUUUCUCUACUGUUUUACUUAAUAUCUUCGAACAAGAUCAUGCUGAGGAGGCUAGAACUGUAUCCUUGAUAGUGGAAAAUUUCACAGAAACAAGUGAAAUAAAUGAACUAUUUGACUAUUUUACUUAUUACAAGGGAGCAUGUAUGGUCCGGAUGCUUUCUGGUUUCCUGAAUGAAACUUUAUUUAUCAACGCACUUAAGUCAUAUUUGAGGACAUUUUCUUAUUCAAAUGCUGAGCAAGAUGAUCUGUGGAGGUAUUUUCAAGUGGCCAUUGACAACCAGAGUAAAACAGUUUUGCCAGCCACAGUCAAAGACAUCAUGGACAGUUGGACAUACCAAAGUGGCUUUCCAGUUCUCACUUUACAUGUCUCCACAGGCGUCAUGAAACAAGAGCCAUUUUAUCGGGAGAAUACUCCUUCAACCCACAAUAAGACAUGGAUUGUUCCAGUUCUUUGGAUGAAAAAUGGAAUUGCACAGUCGUUAGUCUGGCUAGAUCAAAGCAUCAAAAUAUUUCCAGAAAUGCAGAUUUCAGAGUCUAAUCAUGACUGGGUAAUCUUAAACUUGAAUACAACGGGAUAUUAUAGAGUGAAGUAUGAUGAACUCGGAUGGAAGAAAAUUAAUGAGCAGCUUGAGAAAGACCCUAAGGCAAUUCCUGUUAUUCAUAGACUCCAGUUGAUUGAAGAUGCCUUUUUCUUGUCUAAAAACAAUUAUAUUGAGAUUGAAACAGCACUUGAGUUAACGAAGUACCUUGCUGAAGAAGAUGAAAUUUUAGUAUGGCAUUCAGUCUUGGAGAACCUGGUAACGAAUGAUCUUGUUUCUGAGGUGAACAACUAUGACUUAUACCCAUUAUUAAAGAAAUAUCUACUAAAGAGACUUACUUUAAUAUGGAGUAAAUAUUCAACCACAAUUCGUGAAAAUGUUUCAAUUCUGAAAGAUGACUACUUUGCUCUAUUAUAUUUGGAAAAACUUUUCUUAACUGUGUGUUGGUUGGGCGUUGAAGACUGUCUUCAGAUAUCAAGAGAACUCUUUAGAAAAUGGAUGGCACAUCCAGAAGAUGCAAUACCUGAACCAAUUAAAAAUGUGAUUUUAUGUUAUGGCAUUGCCUUGGGAAAUGAUAAAGAGUGGGACUUUCUGUUAAAUGUCUACAAAAAUGAAACAGAGGAAGAGGAAAAGAUGCAAUAUGCUUAUGCCAUGGGCUGCAGUAGAGAUCCACGAACACUUAAAAGGUAUCUGCAGUAUGCCAUCACGACUUCUUCAUUCGAUCUUAAUGAAACAAAUGUAAUGGAAGCUGUGGCAGUAUCUGAAGUUGGCCGCUACAUUGUAAAGGACUUUUUAGUUGACCAUUGGCAAGUUGUGAGUGAAAGGUAUGGAUCACAGUUACUGGUGAACCUAAUGUCUGUCCUCGGGCAAACCCUCACUACAGAGUCACAGAUAACAGAGCUACAUCGAUUUUUCAGCCACAUGUUGGAGGAACACCAGAGGCUUGCAGCUCAAGCCAAAUUACAGGCCAUCAAGAAUGAAAAUCUGAAACACAGAAAGCGUCAUGCCAGGAUAGCUGCAUGGCUACGAAAACACACAUGA